AUGGAAACUUCAAGAUUGACUUCGAGGCAUAAAGUCCUUGAAGAUUCAGAGGUGAAUACCCCACAAAUACAACAGCUGCAAAGUAAUAAACAUAUAGAUCUGACUCCUAGUUCACAAUUGAAAGAUGCAGAGCAACUUAAUUUGUCCAUACCACCAGUGUUUCCAGAUAUAAAAAGUAUAGAAUUGAGGAAAAGGACGUUGCAGGGAGAUACAAAACUGAAACUGAAACAAUCAGCUCCAAAGCUAAGUUUACAAGAUUUAAGAUCUGGAGAGAUGUUAUCUCCAAUACUAAUGACUAAAGGUGCGGAAAUGCCUCAAGUGGCAGAAUGUAGAAGACCCAUUUCUGAGACACAGAAACAAGGUAAGAAAUAUGAGGAACUGGACCCAGGGAAACAUGUUCAAGCAGUAAAAUCUAUGGAGCUGAAGUCCAGCACCACAGAACCUGAAGGAUUGACUUUAGGGCACCAAGCCUUAGAAUCUUUAGAAAUGAUCUCAGAGCCAGAAUAUCAAGACACAAAAACAAAAUUGACCUUUGACACUUGUCAGCAGGCAAAAGAAUCUGUGGGAUUGAUACAAUCAUCUUUAAGAGAUAUCCAAGGGCCAUUGAGUCAAGCUUCAGAAUCUACUCAAAUGGACUCAGAGUCAUUACAAAGUACUCCUAACAUGCUACAAAGCAUGCAAUCCAUGAGGGAUAAGCCAGUAUCACAAUAUACAAUACAAAGAUCUCCGAAGUUGGUGCCAAUAUCAGAGAUGCAAGAUGCAGAAUCAGAGGUAUUGAUCCCAGAGCCCCAAGACUAA